UAUCUCGAUAAGUAUAGCAGCGACUGUAGUGAAACCAAUUAAGGUGAUCCUAAAAGUAUGCAACAAUAAACGUCAUCAUGACAACAGACGAAGUAAUAUUGCGGCGCGACAAAGCUGCUGAAAAUGGUGAAGAAUAUCGGGAACCACCACCUCGCUUGCGGGGUCAAAGUACAUAUCUUGCGCUCUUGAGCUCAUUGGCCACCGACUUGGAUAUUAUGCUCAAUGACCUGAGGUCAUCGCCGAGUUCACGCCUAAGUUCAAAUACCCAUCAUUUACACGUUCCACGUCCCGCCACCUCAACAUAUACACCGUUCUCCUUUUCGAAUAUUGGCACGGAAUCAACAGUCACAACCACAACAACAUCCCCAGCGACAAAUCACUCGCAUCUCUAUCGGCAAAAUGCAUUACGAAGUAAUUAUCCAUUGAAUGCCGAACAUAAAUCCAAUAGAGAUGAUAGCACCAGCAGUGGCAGCAACAACAACUAUCGGACAAAUCAACAGCGACAGCAACAGCAAUCAAAAAACAGUCAAAGUUCAUCAGUGUUACAACAACGCCAGCCAACUCCACUAAGUGGAAAUCGUAAUCAACAGCAUCAACGUUUCAAUCAAAAUACAGACGACAACAACUACUACGACCGUGAUCCGUGUGCCACCACGGCCGACAAUACCAGCAGUGACAGAAAUAACAACAACAACAGCAGCAGCAGCAAUAAUGGCGCUAACAGCAACAGCAGUAGCAAACAUAUUAAAGAAACCAUUUCAUUCACAACCAUCGCCAAGAACGGAAGCUGUGACAGCGCCAACAGCAGCGAUAAUAACUGCAACCACAGCAUUUCAGGAUCUCCAUCAGUUUCUGGCUCGUCGGCCUCAUCGACGACUACAACAACGACAUCAUUCCAGGGAUUUUCAACAGAUGUUACCCGUGUCUCGAAGCUACCACUGUACACCUACCAACAUAAACAGUUGCAACAGCCACAGACGCUGCACAUCAAAUUGCUGCAGCAACAGCAGGCCACAAAGGCCAUAGCAUCGCAAAUAACGGAAGCCCCAACGGAUGCUGCUCCAGCCCCCCAGAAUGUGGCCAAUAGACACAAGACCGUGGCGUUGAGUGAUGGAACGUUGUCUGGGACCACCAGCAGCAACAGCAGCAAUCCCAAUAAUUGUUCGGCAACAACAAGUACAAGCAACACUUCAACUAGAACAACCACCACAAAUCCAUUAUCGACCACAUCAACAUCUUUGGAUUUUCGAAUAAAUGCUUCUGUAACGGCAUCUGGAAGGGGAGGAGGUGGUGGCGGUGGUGGUGCACGAGGUUCCAGCAGUGCUAGUAGCAAAUCUCAUCAUAUUUGCAACAUCAGUACUUCGUCCACAACAACAACUACAACCAGCAGCUGCAAUUGGCAAAUGCAAUCAACAACAUCAGGCCAAGCCGCCACAACAUCAUCAACGAGUUUUCUCAGGAAAUCUGUGAUACCCCGAUUGCCUGUGCCUGUGACACACUUGGUGGAGUUCAAUUUUAAAUAUAAUUCCGACUGUGGCUAUUGCUACAGAGCAAUAGCAGCCAGCGACAGGAAUACAGCCAAGUGUUAA